AGUCAAAUAGGGGAAUAUUGUUUAAAGGUGUAGGGUUAGUGCAGUGUAAGUACAAGCAACCCUGCUACACAAUACUAAACAAAUUAUGUUUAAGUUUUCUGACAAAUCAAUUGGCAAAGUUCUGCCCACUCGUAUAAAGGAAAACAGAAGUCAAGUGUUCUGCCAUUAAUCCACCUAUAUAAUUCCCUUCUUUCUUUUCUGUGAAUAGAUCUAUCAGUGUCGCCUAACUGUCAAAUCAUAGUGUGACAGACAAACCUGAAAAAAUCUCUCUUCCCUCUCACAGCUGUCAUUUCAUCUGUGUAACUUCCUCAUUCGCUGCCUUGUGUUAGAUGUGACUGAAGAGCACGCUCCUGAAACAAGAACGAAAACCGACGACCAAACCACGCACACAUAGACGCACAAAAACAGCAGCCACAGAUACAGAGCGACUGGUCAACACCUUCUCCUCCCGAUGAAGCAGCUUUAGCCUGUGUGGACAGCUUUGUUGGUGAAGGUUACCUCUUGGGGCGGCUGAACAGGACUGAGGUCAGGUAGAGAAGCUGGUUGGACUCCACUGCCAGCAUGCUCCGACAGUCUUUGAGCAUCCUGAAGCAGCUCAGCUCCACAUCGAAGUCACAAGAUGCCACUGAACUCCUGCAUGAGGACCUGGUUAUGGUGGAUCAGCGGGUGGAACCGGCCAAAAAGGCAGCUCAGGUUCUCCAUAAGAAGCUACAGGGCUGCAUGCAGAGUCAACAAGGGCUGGAGGCCGAAAAACGAAUGAAAAAACUUCCUCUGAUGCUGCUGUCUAUCAGCAUGGCAGAGAGUCUCAAAGACUUCGAUGCAGAAUCCUCAAUCAGGAGGGUGCUGGAGAUGUGCUGUUUCAUGGAGAAGAUGUUGGCCAACAUGCUAGCAGACUUUGAGGUGAAAGUGGAGAAGGAAGUCCUGGAGCCACUCAACAAGCUCAGCGAGGAUGAUUUACCAGAGAUCCUUAAGAACAAGAAACAGUUUGCAAAGCUCAGAACAGACUGGAACAAUGCAAGAAACAGGAGUCAGGCCAGCACUGGUCCCCAGGCCAAGCAGGACGGGCUCAGAGAGGAAGUAGAAGAGGCAUGGAGGAAGCUGGAGAGCAUUAAGGACCAGUACUCUGCAGACCUGUAUCACUUUGCAACUAAGGAAGAUGACUACGCUAAUUACUUCAUCCGCCUUCUCGAGCUACAAGCAGAAUACCAUAAAAGUUCACACGAGUUCCUGGACAAAAACAUUAGCGAGCUCAAAGAGAACCAUAGCCAAAAAGGCCAACCUCUAAGCACCUCUAAUAGGAAGGUCUACGGGGAGCCUCUACUCUCACAUCUGACUCAAAGCGAAAAAGAAAUUGCUGCACCUAUCCAAGAGUGUAUUCACAUGCUGCUGAGAACAGGCAUGAGAGAGGAGGGUCUGUUUCGUCUGGCUGCAGCAGCCUCGGUGGUAAAGAGGCUGAAAACUUGUCUGGAUCAAGGGACGGUCGACCACAGUGAGUUCAGUAUGGAUCCUCACGCCGUGGCAGGAGCUUUGAAGUGUUACCUUCGAGAACUUCCUGAACCUCUAAUGACCUUUGAACUGUACAGUGAUUGGUUUAAAGCAGCCGGGGAAAAAGACAUGCAAGAGAAGCUGGAGCAGUUCAGGAUGCUAUUGAAGAAACUGCCUCCUGAAAACUACAACAACCUUAGGUACCUGGUCCAGUUCUUGUCUCUGUUGUCUGAGCACCAGGCUGUAAAUAAGAUGACGCCCAGCAACAUCGCUAUCGUUCUGGGACCAAACCUGCUCUGGCCAAAAGCUGAGGGAGAAGCUGCUCUCUUUGACAUGGCGUCGGCUUCUUCAGUCCAGGUGGUGACGGUCAUUGAGCCUCUAAUUCAGUACAGCUCCAGUCUCUUCCCAGAAGCUAUUUCAUUUGAGGUCCCAGACUUACCCGAGGUCCCAGAUGUGCCUCUGCCUGCUCCUGGUACCCAGAGUCUGUUCUUGGACAAGGAGAAACUGAAAAGAACAGUUUCCUCAGCUUCAUCCACAGCAUCCUCCUGCUCCUCUUAUCACCUCCCUCUCUCCAAGACAAACAGCACAGCCUCUCAAGACAGUGGUGGCUUUUUCCUGGUCAAAUCAGGCUCUGUGAGUAGCCGCACUGGUACCACUACAUGGGGCAGCCCUACAGCUGAGACAGCAGCACCUUCCCACCAAAACACAGCAUCCUCUCUGGAUCCCGGCCCCGCUCUGGCCUCCAUUCCUUCCACUGAGAACAGCUCAACAGCGAACCAGAAGCCGGCCCCUCCUCUGAGAGCAGGAGCAUCAGCAGCAAACUCAGGUCAGACGAAGAGUCCCACCCAGAAGCAGUGCUCGGAUCAGGGCCAGCUGGAGCCGAUUUUGGAAGCACCGCCAGACUCUCCCAAAGCAUUUGUGAAGAUCACAUCACCGUAUAAACCAAAGAGAACCUUCAACCCAGGAAAACCCAACGAAGCCAGCGAGCCCCCGACAGUUCAUUACACCAAACCCAAAACCCUGGCACCUCCCAGGAGCCAGGCCCCACCACCCCCAUCCACAGCCCCUGAGGUUUCAGACUCCAGGCCCCAGCCCACGCCUGCACCCAGAGCUCAACCGCCCACCUCGAAAAAGCCGCCGCCAAGAAAACCCGGACUCAGAGCGCCAAACUGCCCUCCACCACUUCCUCCACCAUCACAGGCCAAAGAGGUUCCUUCUAUAGCUCAGUGAGAAAAAUAAAAUGUUCUUCAGAUCUGUUUUAUCCCCACUAGCAGCUGAAGCACCUUUUACAUUGUUCAAUGUGUGCUGCUCAGUAUUUGAGUGAAAAUUUUACAGCUUAUUGAAUUGUGUGGGGUCUUCCAAUGUUUUUGUUACCAGCAUCUUUUAUUUAUUAUGAUGUCCUGUAUUUUCCAUAUCUUUGUAGUGAAAGAAGAGUACACAAACAAUAAAUUCACCCACAUAUACUAAA